AUGACUCCCAAAUUAAACAGCUGUACUUUGAUUGUCAAAUUAACUCACAAAUUAAACGGACUCAAACUUGGAAUCAUUCCCCAAGCCUUGUCACUAGGGAAGGUCUUGGUUUUCUAUGCACACAAUUAUCAUAAUCAAUUAACAGAGGAUAUGAAAAAUUUGACAGAUGCAACUUCAAGAAUUUGUGAAAUAUACAAAGAUAUCACGGGCUUGACCUCAGAUGAUGCUCUUCCUAGACCUGAAGCCAUGAGCCAGGCAUUGGGAGCAUGCGUGACUUCAUUGCAUCUUCAUGGAGGCACAUCCCUUUUGGGCCAACACAUGCAAUAUUGUGAUGCCUUGGGUGUGGCUCCCACUGCAAACGACAAGAUCACACAUACCCGCAGUUCGGUCGCUCGCCGAUGGCGAGGCAAAAACGAAUGGCAUUGCGGCCAUCACCGCGAGGUGAUACCUGCCAUUCAUCAAUAUUGGACUGAUAUCGCUUGUCCAUUACGAGAGGGGUCCAACAAUCAUUGGAUAUACCGGGAUAAACAUGAUGUCAAAUGUUUAUUGUUGACACACCAGGUUGUGUUGCUCGCCAAUGGCGAGCGGACCAAGGGAAAUACCUUUGUCUGGCACGUAUCACUCUUUCGAUGUACUCUCAAACUGAGCACUCAAUCAUAUAUGUCAUCAUGCGUACGAAGUUGUCCAAUGACAUGCUCAAUGGAGCGAUCUAAUGGCGCGCUCGCCGAUGGCAAGCACUACAAUAGAUCGCUAUGUCGCAAGGCAACACUGUUUCUUCCCAAGCCAUGA